CAACCAAGUCAGUCUCGCAAAAGGUUAGAGAUUAUUGGAGUAGACGCUAUUUUCUAAUGAGGGAAUGACUUAUCUAAUGGUGAACCACUCUCGAUUUUGAUCACUUGAUUGGCUCCCCAAGAGAACGAUUGUGCAACUGGCUGACUAAAGAGGAAUUAGUUGAAGUUUGGGGAUUUUGGAUGAGUACUUUGAAUUCACUUCCCCAUGUCAAAUCAUCAUCAUCAUCUCCGCAAAAAUUAAUUGAUCACUUUGACCAUUGAUUGCUGGCUUUGGUUGAGCAAAAGGGAACAAACACCAGGAUUUUAAAGUCAGUUGGCAUUUGUUCUCCUUCACUUGAGGAAUUAGUGUUUCAGCAAAGAAAGUGUUAAAAUUGUGGUAGUUCAUGAGUGGACUACACACACGCAAUUUCAAAAGUGUGUGAAAAGAGCUUCCAACAUUUUGGAAUCUGCAUUUACAAAAUUAUUUGUGUGACUGUGAUUGCGUGUGAAUUGUGAUAAAAAUGAGUGUUUCGGCAAAAGUACUGGUUGCCGGAGUGGCAUUGUUACUCGCUGUAGUCCAUGCAAUCCCUGCUGGACUUUCGACAGGUGGGGAAUUCAUGGAACCGGCAGAAUCUGGUCGCACGGUCCGCGUCAUGGUUCGGAAAGAGUUUAUGCUGCAACCUGAUGGGACAUACAAGGAAAGUUCCAUGGACGAUCAGAAUGUAGAAUUUGUGGGGCCGUCACAAAUGGACUUUGAUCACAAUGAAGCCGAAAGUGCUCCUCCAUUAGUGUACGCAUAUUCACCUCACCUCCAUCAGUUUGGAGAUAAUGUUGAAUAUGAUGAGCCACAAGGGUCCGCAUCAGCCAAGCAAUUCCACCAACUAACGGCUGACGAUGUCCAAGAUGUCAUGCGACAAUUAGAAGCGUCGUAUGCUGCUCAACAACAGAAUAGUCCACAAUCUUACAAUUCCAAUUCUUUCCAGCUAGUAAAUCAAACUGCAAGUGCAAGUGCUCCACCAUCGGUGCGACUGGCAUAUCCAGAUUUUGAAAUCAAACAAGCUCCAGCCACGUCAUACUUUUUAGAUCAGAGCCAAAUUAGAUCGAACCAAGGUGCUCCAAACAGUAUCCAAGAAAUAAUUAAAAAGCCAGAGCAAAAGCAACUUUCUGCUGCUUCUGCUGCCGGAAGUGCAAACAGUCAUUACUACAGCCCAAAGGAAAAUCAGUACCACAACAGUUUCAACUACGACACUUCGGGAGGAGGAGGAGGUGGUGGUGGAUAUGACAAUUUCGAACAAGGACAUACAGUCGCUUACGGGGGACCCAGCGGACCUUCAGAGCACCAUCUUCCAUCUCCUGGCCCGUCGUCCUACGGUGUCCCAGACACUAGUUUUGGUCCCUCUCCAGUUCCUCAAGAAGCUUAUGGAGUAGGUCCCACAGGACCAGAUCAUCACCACAAUCAAUGGAGCUCAUCUUAUGGAAAUGUGAAACACGGCGGUGGUGGGGGCGGAGGUGUUGUGAACUCUUUAGUGCAUACAGUGGCAGGUGUUGGUCAAACGAAGGCUCAUCAAGUGUCUUCUAUUCUCCACACCAAGGGAGAAGUAGGAAGCCAGAUUCUUAAUCAAGGUGGCAAAGUAGUCCAGCAAGCUGUACAUCAAAAAGCGGAAAAAGCUAAAAUAAUUGCUAACACUUUAAGUCAUGUCCCUGCCAAAUUCUCCCAAGUGUUGAGAAACAAGGCCGAAUUUGCUACAGGAUUCCUUGACCAAAGUUCCAGAGCUAUCGGUUCAGUGCUAAAUGUCAAAGCACAAGUUGCUAACCAAGCGUCAUAUCUCCUUGCGGCAAAGGGGAAAGCAGCAAACGCCGUUAUUCGGGCCGGAGGAAGUACAGCAGCCGAUUUAAUUGUGGCAAAGGGAAAAGGAAUUGCAAAUCUAAUCACGAGCGGAGGUCAAGCAACUGCUGCUCUGCUAAACCACAAGGGGAACAAAGUCCAAAAAAUUGCCCAAGUUUUAAGUGGAGUUGGUGGUGGUGGCUACUUGGGAGGAGGAGGAGGAGGAUGGGGCUCUAACGACGGAAUUGUCGGAGGAUAUUCUGAAAAUGAAGAACAAUAUGAGACAUAUCCAUCCAGAGUUUACGACGAACGUCAAAUUCAGGACGCUUUAAAAUCUGUGGUUCAGUCGCCGGCAUCCUCUUAUGGUCAAGCACCAGCUUCUUCUUUGGAAGACGGUAGCCAAUCCAAACUCAAUUCUGCGUUUAAAUCAAUUUACAACACGUUCAAAUCAGCCCAACCCACACAAUCACUCUUUGGUUCGUAUUCAUCUCCUGUAGAAGUCACAUUGAAACCUUCGUCAGCCGAGCAAGCCCAACCUUCCAUUGGACAGUCGGCUACCUCGAUUGGUGAAAGUCUUACUAAAAUGAGCAAGAUGCUCAACAAUGUCGCGAGUGCUAUUAAUUGGCUCAAACCCAAAACGGAGAAGGAAGCUUGAAGUGUCUCGUCUAGUUAAAAUUUGAUUUUAUAAUUUUUUGUUCUCCUACGCUUUAAUUUUUUUGUUCUUGAGCCGCUACAGCUCAUCUGGCAGGUAUACAGAUUGCGUCAUAUUUAGUCACUAUGUACCUCUGACCUGCUAUUCUUUUUUCGUCUGGGCCAGAAGUAUUACAAUAAACAAGCGUUCUUAUCAAUGACAACGACCCAAUUCAAAAUAUAACCACUACUUCUUGUUUUUUUUCCUAUAGAAAAAUAUUUUGUUACAUACUUUACUACUCUUUAAUUUUUGUAUUAUACGAAAGCUAAAUGCACAAUACGAAUAAUGGUGCAGUUCCUAUAAUGUUUUGCUGAAAAUAAUUAAUGACUGACUCAAGAUGUUUGGAAAAUGCAAUAUAAAAAAUUAAAAAAUUUUGUAAACAAUGUAAA